UAACAACAGACAUGUUUUGCCAAAUGUACCCAAGACACGAAAAUGUACACACUUUACACAGUGAUUAAUGCACAAUAAAGAAAAAAAAACAACAACAUCCAGAUCUAGAAAAUUAUAAUACUCAAGUUCCUCUACAAUUUUUUAACUGUCUAAAUUAAAAUGACAACAUCUGGAGAAAGUGUUGAAGAUACAAUGGAAAAACCACCAACAAAUUAUGAAGAGUUUUUAAAGGCAGAAGGUUUAAAUGACUGGCCAUUCAAAAUGAGUUUAGAAGGACCUCUUGACAUUGAGUCAGAAGGAUUGUUUAUGGGAACACAAGAACACAUUGCUGAAUUAUUGAGGACUGCUGCACCUGUGGGAUUACAAAUGUUGGAUGAGAUGGAGACUAGGCUGGAUGAACUGGAUAAUGUCCUGUACAUGUAUGCAAAUGAAAUACUUACAGAUGACAAAAGAGUAUCUCGAAUAGCAGAAGGACUAUUUCAUUCUCCAUCUUCAACAUUCAUAACAGAGGGAAUGGAACACUUAAUAUCUCGUAGAAAUUCAAAAGCAGUUAAAAGUUAUGACUUGAUGGACAGUAUGCUAGAGUCCAAGAAGAGAAGUCUAGACAAUCUCAAGUUUCCAGGGUUUAGUCAGGGAGAAUUGAUAGAGCUUCCAUCACAACUAGAAGUACCUCCUAUUCUGCAUAGGGUCACCACAGCACAGGGAUUUAAUCCUGGCUUUGAAAAAUUUUGGAAAAAGUUGUUUUUAUCAGAAGCUUCCUCAGUCAUCCUACAAGACAUGUUUUGGUGGGUUUUCUUGGACAUGUUCUCUAAAGAGGAUAAUCAAGAAGAGGUGAAAGAUUCAUUGUUCGAUAGAGUUGCUGACAGCUAUGUGGCAUUGUUCACAAGCAUUAAUGUGGAAGUAAAAGAUAAGUUUCUAUCAGUCUACCCUAACUGUUUGGCUCAAGCCAUUUAUUGUGUUUUCAAAGAUGCUUUUCCAGAAUCACAGCAAAGAUUUAAUGAUGACUUUAAAAAGUACUUGGUAACAUUGAUAUUUGAGCUUGUCACUGGUUUGAGACCUGUGCCUGGAAUAUGGAAAACUUGGAAUGAUGAAGGUCUGGAACAAAAAACAAUAAAAGAAACAGAAAAAGCUAAAAUGUUACAAGCUGCUGGUCUGCACCAAAAAGUCAAUUUAAGUCUUGACAUGGAAGGUUUUAACAAAACCAUAGACAAACUUGGGACAGAAUUAAUACAGCCAGUCCAGACAUCAAGGGAAACAACCAAAACUAGCCAAGUCAAAGGAAAAACUAUCCAAAGAGAGUCCCAUCAAGUUGGACCAGGGCCAGACUUUGAGCGUGUCACAUUCAACACAUCAGGUCGGAGUCCACUCAUAGCUCACUAUUUGCACAUGAGACAUCUCCGAAACUAUAAGCAGCCAGGAAUGAAAGUCAGACGCACAGAAAUUGUCAAACUACCUCCAGAAGGCCCAACUUAUGAGCAGCUAAUUACCAGCACCAUCAACAAAGCCAAUGCCUCAAAGAAACAAUAUGAAAGAACCUCUGAACAGACAGAAGCAGAGAUUCUGGAGUUACAUAAGAAACAGAGAGAUAUUAAUCGUAGAAUCAAUGCAAUGAAAAGAGCAUUUAACAGUGUCAAGACAGUUCAGGAAAGGCAACUCCUAAUUGAUAAAUUUACUGAGGAAAUGAAUUUGAAAGAAGUUCUAAUUGACAAGUUACAGAAAGAUGACGAACAACUUAGCGAUGGACAUGAAGAAGAAAACUAAAGUCUCGAGUUUUGAACAAGAAAUAUGGAAUUAUGGGAAACAUUGAAUACUAGUGUACAUUGUCAAUGUAUAAAUAUAUUUAUUCAAUAAAAUUACAUGAACAAA